ACAAACAAAAUAAUAUUCAUCUAAAAUGGAUGAUAUUAAAAUAUUUCAACGUUUUCUCAAAGAUGUAAGGCAUUUAAAGGAUUUUGAAUACUUUAAACAUUUGGAUCACAAGAUAAUCAAUAAAAAUAAAAGGAAACAAAUAUGUAAAGUAAAACCCAGACGUCCGCGUUUCAACCCAAUGGAAGAAAUGAACGAAAUUGAGUUUAGAAAAAAAUACCGAUACACAAAAGAAAAUAUGAGGCGGAUUAUAGAAAUCGUUCGAGAUGACUUAGAAGUUGACUAUUAUGAACCAAUGAAACGAAAUCAAGUCCCAAUAGACUUGCAAAUUUUAUCGGCCAUUCGAUUUUUCGGCGGCACUGAGCAUCCACAACUUACGGCUAUGGUUCAUGGCGUUAGCUUGCAUACAAUGGCCAAGAUAACGCGUCGUGUAGCUGCCGUGUUAUCAUCAAAAGCGUCGCGUUAUAUCCGAAUGCCAGCCACACUGUCCGAAAAGGAACGAAUGAUGCGUUCAUUUCAAUACCUUUCCAAUAUGCCCCAAGUAAUUGGCGCAGUAGUGCAAACCAAUGUGCGGUUGCAGUUGGAAAGUAGGAGUAGCUAUAGUGGAACCGAGCUAGCUGCUAAUAAUGAGGAACUUGUUCAUUUGCAAGUCGUGGCAGAUGCCGAGCAUAAGAUCAAGGAUUUGGAUAUACGUCUCCCUGAGGAACUAGGUCACAACACAGCGCAAGAGUUCUUUUCGUUAUCACGGAUCAAGGAAAGAUUUGAACAAAAUGAGUUCCGUGGUCGCAUACUGCUUGGCAAUGAAUCCCUCUCUUGCUCCCAUUUCCUCUUUACACCAGUUCGAAAUCCUAAAAAUAAAUCCGAGGAUCUCUAUAAUCAGGCCCAUUCGGCAACCUUUGUGCCGGCAGUCAAGUGUCUGAACUAUUGGAUACGCCGCUUCGGAAUUCUCAGUAGUGAACUCUUAGGGACAUUUGGCUCAGCGAAGCAUACAAUUACCGCUUUGGCAUUACUCCAUAAUAUGGCAAUGGAGUGGAAUGAUCCUUCCAUAGAUUCCGACUUUUCUCUGCCCAUAUACAAACCGAACAUUUUUUGUUAUCCCAAUGGUACAACGAUAAGCGAGGAUCAACGCAAUCGAAACGAAUUUAUUAAAACACAUUUUUCUAGCAACUGAAAAGUAUUAUAAUCAAGUGUAAC